UGCCUUCUCAUAUGAAGACAAAUUCUCACACGAUCAUUUAAGAUCAUUUUUAUUUUUCACCAGUUUUUAAUACCACGAUUCAAUCCACUCGGUUGAAAUCGUACGGUAAUAGUUUAAAAACUUGGCUCGUGUGUGCAAGUGAAAAUUAACCACCUACAUACAUAUGUAACUACUAACUCAAUCAACAUAUAUAUGUAUGUAGGUAUAUUAUUCUACUUAAAAGGCAUAUAUGUAAUACAGUAGUACCUCGAUUCUUGCACAUACUCGGUACUUGCACACCUCGAUUCUUGCAACAUAACAAAUUUUUCCAUUACGUACUCAGUACUUGCGACAUCCAAAAAAUUUGAACUCGAUACUUGCGACAUUGCCUUGUUGCUUUUGGUAACGGUUCCUUAGAUUCAAUAAAAUUCGGGGAAGUCCCGAUUUAUUUCGGAAAUGAAUUGCUGUGAGUGGCUAAUUCUCUUACGCACGUGUAUUUUGGGACAUUUGAAUCAGUUUUAACGGACGUUUCAUUGAGUGCGGUCUCACAAUGGCAGGGAAAAAAUUUACGUUGCUUACAAUAAAGCAAAAAGCUGAAAUUUUAAGGAAGCUAUCGAUGCCUUAGCCAAAAGUUUUCACGUGCACAGGUCAACAAUAAACCGCAUUAAGAAUAAGAAGAACACCAUAAGGAAGUUCCUGGCGCAUGCUGAAUCUGGUCCUGGGAAGAGAAAAACGUUUAAACCUGCAGAGCUUCCUAAAAUGGAAAGAGCAUUGAUGAAAUGGUUUGCAAAUCAACGAGCCAAGAAUUUACGAAUCACUUCUGAUAUGCUUAAACAAAAGGCCAAGUUUCUCCAUGCCAAAAUUCAGGAAAAAUCGGGGGACUUCCAUGCUAGCAAUGGUUGGAUUACAAACUUUAAAAAAAGAUAUGGAAUACGAAGACUCAAAAUAUGUGGAGAAAAACUUUUGAAUAAGACUCAUUUAGUUAAUCCAUUUUUACAAAAACUGAACAAAAAAAUUGCUGAUUUAGGUUUGACCAAGGACCAGAUAUACAAUGCCGAUGAAUCUGGUCUCUUUUGGAAGCUUUUGCGGUCAAAAGAAACUUCCGCUCCAGGACAUAAAAUCAGUAAGGAAAGAAUAACUUUUCUGGCUUGCACGAAUACAUCUGGAAAUCACAGAGUAAAACUAAUGGUUAUUGGGAAAUCAUUAAACCCACGAUCACUUAACAAUUUUACGGAUGUAUACAAAGGAAAUAAAAGUGCUUGGAUGACCUCGGCUUUGUUUGAGGAAUGGUUUCACAAAACAUUUGUUCCAGAGGUAAAAGGGUUCCUUCGUGCCGAAAAUCUUCCCGAAAAGGCUCUAUUGCUUAUUGAUAAUGCUCCAUGCCAUCCCAAAGACGGCGAGUUAAUGAGUAGUGAUGGUCAAAUAUCUGUAAUGUGUCUUCCUCCAAACUGUACUGCACUUAUACAGCCAAUGGACCAGAAUGUUAUAAGACUUACGAAAUUGAACUACAAAACAAGCCUUUUAAGUGACAUCGUUCGCCGUGGAAAAACAAUAGACGAAUCUCUGCGAAACAUCAACUUAAAACACGCAAUAUGCUUUUUAGCUAAUGCCUGGAAUGCUGUUAAUGUGACCUCCAUUCAGUCAUCAUUUCAAAAACUGUUUGAGGUAACAUCCGAAUGGGAUAGUGAAGAUGUCAUCCCUCUUUCAGAGUUACGCUUACAGCUUGUUGAAGAUACAUCCAAUAUUCAAGCAAUUUCAAAUUUGCUUCAAGAAAUAGAACCAUUGCAGCAAAUAUCCGAUUCUGAAAUUGAGCAAUGGAUUGCUGAACCUAUUUUGGA